AUGGGCUGUGCAAACACUAAGAGCUUUUAUUAAUAUCCUUAACAAUCAUAUCCCAUAAAAAAGAAGUGCAAUCCUAAGGACAAGAUAAUUACAGAAAAUCAGACGUUUUAAAUCGUUAAAAACCCUAUUUUUCAGAGAAGAAAGGAUUCUAACAGAAAAAGCAGGCAUAAUCUCGAACAGAAUCAAAAUUUAGGAAAUCAAGAUACUAAAUUAAUAUCAAUGUGA